AUGACUCCUCAAGAGAGACAUCUGGUGCUGAAGCGAUUGAUAAAGAUGGGGGCGCCCAAGGAUUUCAUCUACCUCUUGAUCCUGAUCAGCAGCCAAGCAUUCUUCGGAGGUCCUCCAGUUUGGGACGUUGUCGAUCUGUUUUGUGGUGUUGGUCGCAUUAGCAAGCUUGCGAGCAGGGACGGAUAUGAAGUCGCAUCUGUAGACAUCGGCCUCUUGCCGGCUGCAGAUAAGCCUACCUGUUCCAAGAAAAAAAAGAAGCCGCCCAUGGAUGUAACAUCGGAGGCUGGGUUUGCGUUGGCAUGCAUGCUCCUGCUGCAAGGGAAGUUCCAGAAGGUCGUCUUGGUGCUGGGACCGGUUUGUAGUUCCUUUGUCCCCGUGAAUAUGGGGGUGAGUGGGCGCUCCAUCCUCACACCAACCGGGAAUCCAGAAAUUAGUUCGGUGCAGAAAGCAAACGUCAUUGUAUCCCGGUGUUGCCUCCUGCUUCUACUGGUUAUUGCCAUGGAAGGCACUUACGUCCUUGAACAACCUGCAAGAUCCCUGAUGCUUAACUACCCGAGACUGGGGCAGGUGAUUCGAAUGACGCGGGAGAUUGGAUCCAAAGCUUAUACUCUGAACUUCUGGAUGAGAGCCUAUGGAGCUAAAAGCAUGAAGCGGACCGUGAUCCUCAGCAACGAUAUGGCUGUAGCUGCACUACAUCAUGGCAAACUUUCGCGAAGCCAACGAUUGCAAGCAAAACCGGCGGCUAUCUACUACAGGGGCAAGGAUGGCACUAGAAAAUUCCGAGGGGACAAACGUCUCAAGGAUUCCCAGACAUAUCCUCCGGCCUUUGCACGCGCCAUCGUCGACAUGAUCCCGGCCCUGCGGUCCCGCAAGCGAAAGCUGGAUGUGGAGGAUGAUGAGCGCAAUCUGCUGGAAUGUGUCAAGGAGAUGUGGUGGAGUGAGUGGGGGGAGGCGGAUCUGUGGCCUACGUUGGUGUACCUGCGGGGCUCCAAACACCUUCGCUUGAGCCCUUCCUGGAAGGAGGUGAUGCGCAGUAGUAGAUUCCGGGUUUAA